GCUUACUGCCUCGAAAGUCGUCAAUUCAUAUCGAGUUCGCACAUCAUCCUGUUUGCAGCUCUUCUCUUGCAGUAGAUAAGCCAGGACUUAUUUUCUUGAUCCGUCCCAGUCCGAAUCAUGCCACCGCGCGGACUACAUGAAAUUCGCCGCUGACAUUGAAUUAGAUGUUCUGUAUGCUGUCCACCAAAUGUAUAUGCUAUGCCUUCCUCGAUCAUCCUUCCAUAAUCAGAUGGAGGUCUCGUGGCUCUGAGCAUAUAGGGGCUCACACGUGCAUCGCUCUCCCAAAGCUCCCUCUACUCCAUCACCUUGUCUGCUAUUGACUUGACUAUGUCGGUGCAGCAAAAGGCUGAAGCUCUCAGGCAAAAGAUCGAUCACCUCCUCGUGGAGGGAGUUGACAUCGCGGUCCCAAUUCUCAAGGUCGUCAAUGCUACGGCUGAUUGGUGUCCCCCUCUAAAGAUGGCGACUGGCGGUGCACUCUCCAUCCUUGACGAGGUUAAGUUCAAGGACUACAAGAAGGAAUGGACUGAUUUUGGGAAAUACGUGGUCGACACCAUGGCCGAUGUGGUUUCAGCCAUAAAAUCCUAUGAUGCGUCGGCGGAAGAGGCAAAGCCGUGGGUGGAGAGUGUCACAAAGCUCGAUGGGGCGCUACAGAAGAUCAAGUCCGAAAUCGAACGAAGACUGAGAAAGGGAGAGAAACGACCAGCUAUCCUAAAUGUAGUGUCCUACUUGAGAGACCCCGGAAGAAUCGAUGGCCUAAAGAAAGACUUUGACAAAGCCUUAGGACGAAUCUGAUAGGCGGUGCCAAAUUAGCGGCCAUAGAACGUCGUCUACAGGACGAUAAAAUCCUCGAUACUCUCCGGUACCCUCAUAUCGCCCACGAUGACU